AUGAUUGCAAGUAUUUUAUGUUAUGUUACUAUGGCAACCACACUGAAUACUGCUACUAUCAGUGCAAAUGAUGAUAAAAUAAUGCACAUUUCAUAUAGAAUUAAAGAAGAACUUCCUAAUGGUACACUGAUUGGUAAUUUAUUCAAAGAUGUGGUAGAAUUAUAUAGGAAAUUUAAAUUGACCGCCUUAUCACUGUUGCAUUCAGUUAAACAAAUGCGAAAAUUCGAAUUGAACACAUAUGACGCGGAUUUAAAAAGAGUGAAUCAAUAUUUCAAAUUAGAUCAAAACACAGGGAAUUUAUUUAUACAAAAAUCUAUUGAUUAUGAGACAAUAUGUCCAAAAGGCUUAGUUUAUCCCACUAUUUCAUCGCCUUUAGCAUCAAUGUCAUCGUCGCUUAAUCCCAAGCAACUUCCUACAGCUGAUUUUGACAAUUUGAAUUUAAAAGUUAAUCCAAAAGUGAAUGAUGAAUGUAUAAUCAAAUUGAUUUUAUUUGUAAGUUUAAAUAAUUCAAUCGAUGAACGAUGGAUACCAAUUAUUGUGCAUAUUGAUGAUGCAAAUGACAACCGUCCUGUGUUCCUAGAAGUCACUUCGCCUAAAUGGGCAGGAUUCUUUCGUAUACCGGUUGAAGAGAAUACACCCAUGGGGACACAACUACCUCUGGUGAAAGCCUUUGAUGCUGACAGUGAUUUGAAAAACUCUGAAAUUAUAUAUAAACUUCAGUUUGAUGGAACAGAAUUGUUCAGCCUAAAAACAACAGGUUGUUUCAAAGAAAUUAGUAGUCAUGGUGAUAAGACAAUGACAAGAAGCACUGGAAUUAUGAAUAAUCUACCCUGUCUAGUUGUCACGGCCCCACUGGAUUAUGAAACUGAACCAAAAAAUUACUUUCUACAAUUGCUGGCUUGUGAAUCCGGUUUUCCACAAUCUGAAUGUUCUUCUCUGCCUAUAAAAAUUGAGGUGAUCGAUAAAAAUGAUAACGCACCGAAGAUUAUCUUCCCACCGAAUAGUUAUCAUGUGGUUAAUAUAUCUGAGAAUCUACCGAUUGGUUCAGUGAUUUUAAAGAUUGAAGCAGUCGAUAAGGAUAGUGGAGAGAAUUCACGCCUCACUUAUAGCUUAACACAGAAUUUAUUUCAAAAAGGUAUAUUUAUAAAUAGUAACCAUGGCAACAAUCAUAACACUAGUGGUGCAAGUGUUGAUGGCAAUCGUGACAAUCAAUUUUCUAUCGAUUCAGAAAAUGGUGAGAUUCGUUUGACGAAGUCAUUGAAUGCAUAUGACACGUCUCAGAUUGAAAUCACUUAUCAUGUUUCCGAUAAUGGAUCUCCAGUGCAUAGAAUAUCUCAGACGAUUCUAUUCAACAUAUUAGACGUGAACAAUCAUGCACCAAGUAUAGAGAUUAAAAAGGUUGGCUGUAGUAAAUUCACUGAACAAAUCAAUGAAAUUCAUGCAGCGUACACUAUUGAAUCCGGUAGUCAUUUAGGCUUUAUUAUUGUAUCCGAUGGUGAUUUAGGUAGAAAUGGUCAAGUGAGUUGUACUCACCGAUUAGAGAAUUAUAAUGACAACUGGAACAGAAGAUACUUGAAUGUAUUUAAAAUUAAUUUAGUGAGUAAUGGUCAAAUAGCAAAUCGAUAUUUGUAUAUAUUACAAAUACUACGUGUUGACGAUGAAGACAUUGACCAAACACUAUUUACCAAUGUGGAUAGAAAGAAUUCAGUGUCAAGAUUGUUGGCGGCCUCGGCUACCAUGGUGAUUACUUGUCGAGAUCAUGGUAUCCCGUUGGCGUUGACUUCAUCAACAAGUAUCACGAUUACACUAAGUGAUACACAAGAGACAGAAUUAUGCUUUGAACAGGCCAGUUAUCAGAUAACAGUGGAAGAAUCCAACCAUCCAAUGAAUAGCCUUCUUCGACCUCAACUGUUAGAUCUUGUCAGUGGUGUGAGGUAUAGCUUACAUUCUAGAAACGAUCAGUUCACAGAUGGUAGUAGUAGUAAUAGUGGGUGUGAUCAGCUUGAAAUCGAUCCGAUAACUGGGGAAAUAUCGGCGCCAAACGGUGUUGACAGAGAGAAGGCUACCUACAUUUCUUGUAUCAUUAAGGCAACUGAGCAAGGAGUUUAUGAUGACGGUGGAGAGGUGCGGCAUCGAACUGCAAAUGCUGAAAUUCUUAUCAACAUAACAGAUAUCAAUGAUAAUGAGCCUAGACUGAUGGCUGAAAGCUUAUUGUAUGGAUUUACAAUCUAUGAAUGGGAUAUGUAUGCUUCGGCUUUCUCGAGUAAUGAUGACUACGACGGCGCUGACUCCAGCACGGAAGACAGUCAACCACAUAUGAUUGGUUAUCUGAAUGCAGUUGAUCAAGAUUUAGGCGAAAAUGGUACUGUGAGGUAUUUUCUACUACAGGUGACUCCUGAAAAGAAUCAAAAGUCGAUUGAAAUGAGACAAAUCUUAAAUAAUGAAAUAAUCAAUAUGACUACUACUGGUAUUACCAAUUACAGAAAUGGUAAUCCUCGUUUAAAACCGCCAUUUCAUAUUGAUUCAAAUACUGGACUGAUCAGUCUACCAAAAGGUAAUCAUCGAUUAAUCAAUAGGGAAGAUGUCAAUAUCUAUACCCUUCAGAUAUUGAUUGAAGAUAUGGGUUCACCGAAAAAACUUACCACUGUACAGAACAUUAAAAUUCACGUCACUGAUGUCAAUGAUAAUCCACCAAUCUGGUUACAAGCAAUCAAUGUGAAUCGUAUUCAAGCUAACAAAGCAAUUCUUCUUUAUCAGCUGGAACCCGUUUGGGAGAUAAAUCAAAAUUCACCAACUGAACUAAAGUCGAUCCUGAGAGCUAUUGAUUUUGAUUAUGGUGAUAAUGCUAGACUUGAAAUGUAUAUUAUUCAACCAAAUAGUAUAUAUAAAGAAUUUAUAGGAAUGGAUAAACUUAGUCUUCCAAUGAAUUCACUACGAUUAUCUAUUCAUGGUGAAUUACAACUUGAUAUUGACCGAUUAAAAGAAAAUUAUGAAUACUGUGUAUUUGUACGUGUCCAAGAUCAAGGGAUACAACGUCAACUCUAUACAGAUGCCUAUUUUCUUUUACACUUACCAAUACAAACAAAAAAUCGAUUAGAAAUAUUCACAAAUUCAAUUUAUCAUCAAUUAAAUCAAUCAAUAGGUAAUUAUAGAAUGAAACCAAUGAAUGGAAAUCAAUCUAUUCCCUCAUCAUCAUCUUCAUUAUUAUAUGAUAAUGUAGAUAAUUUACAAUUCGCUGGUGGGUUAAGCAAAAAAGGUAUUGUAAUUGUAUUGAUUAUAUCGAUUACCUUAGUGAUCAUUUUAUCGAUUAUUAUUAUAUUUAUAAUUAUAUUUAAAAUAAGAAAAUUUAAGGACCAAAAAAUUCAAGCUACUUAUCAUCAUCAUAAUAAUAAUACUACUACUUCUAAUGAUGGUAAUCAUAAUAAUAAUAAUAAUAAUAAUGUCUACAUGAAUGAUAAUCAAAUAAUGCCUAAUGAAUUCAUAUUACCACAUGAAAACCAAUAUUUAAAUCCAUUCCAGAAUUCAAAUAAUUGUAAUGGUAGUCAAUUAAUGUUAUCGAAUAAUUUGACAUUUACAACUGGGCUUACUACUGCUACUACAGUCACUAAUACUACUGAUAACCCUUAUAAGUACUAUAAUGAUGAAAUGAGUAAAAAACACGGAAUGCAAAUAAUGAAGUCUUAUAAAUCACAGACGUCGUCAUGUGAUGUACUUCUUCCAAAUGUAUAUGCUAAUUCAGCGAAUUCUUAUGAUUCCAACAAUAUUAGUAAUCAACUAUCUGGUUAUACUACUCACACUACUACUGUCACAGCUAUCACACCUGUUUAUACUUAUAAUAGCAAUAAUGAUAAUAAUUAUUAUUACUAUCGAGAUUAUAAUAAUGUUUGUCAGUCUGAAGAGUGGCCGACACCGAAUGCCCUGAAAAAUCAAUAUGCUAUGCCCAGUGAUCAUUAUCAUCAAUUGACUUUACCGUCAAGAGGUGUAGGUGGACGAGGUACAAUAUCGAAGAUGUCUAGGCUGACUGCGACAACCAACAACAACAAUAUUUAUGCUUCAUCAAUGAAUUAUUCACCGUAUCCUGUAUCGAUUAGAAGAAAUUACAAUCAAACGUUACCGAGACAGUUCUAAGAUGUACACAUAUACAAACAGACAUAUCCUCACAGUCACUUCUGAUAACACAUACGCACACACACACACACACUUAUACAUGCACACAAAAAUUUCCAGUCAAAGAUAAUCCUUGAUUUCUUACUGUUGAAGUUUUACACUUGAUUUCCUCAAUGAUGUGGUA